GGUGGGGGUGGUUUGUUGCUGUGGAAAGAAAUAAAGUGAUAUAGUAACGGUGUCUGCCUGGGGUGAACGACAGAUCCCGGCUCAGCGCUGUGCCAGGAGGAGAUGUGAGAGGGAAGGGGAUUCAUCUCUCUGCCUUCGGAGAGGGAAUAACUGCUUCUGAAUGGCUCCUUAGCAGUGAUCCGGAGCGCUUGGUGGGGGAAGGAUCCCAUGGGAGCUGCCUUGUUGCUGUUCCAGCAUCGCUGCCCGAGGCAGGGCGCUGGGUGAGCUGAACCCCAGCCUUAGCAGAAGGGACCAUUCUGGGCUUGUGUGUUCCUCUCCCAGCCAUGGUCCAAGUGGAGGGAAGGAGCCCAGUGUAGGGAGCAGGGCUUUUCUCCUCUGUCUCGGCCAUCUGCUGGCCUCGGAGUGAGUGUCCCUGCUCGUAAAUGGGGCAGCAGGUCAUGGGGUGGGGCGUUUGGUCCAAGCAGUGAGGAGGUGGUUGCUGGUGUUGGACACUGAGGACUUCCCCUGGAGCCAGGCCUCGUGCUCAGGGUUAUUUAGCAGGGGAUUGGAACUGGAUGGUCUUUAAGGUCCAUUCCAACCCCAACCAUUCUAUGAUUUGUUGUGUGGAGAGGAAGGUGUUUUGUCGCAUUUGAAAAUGGUUCUGGCUCUGUAUGCUGGCAUUUGUAGGAGGCAACUGGGAGCAGAACGUAUGUUUUCCUUGCUGCAUGAGGCUGGAUGUGCUCUUCGUGCCUUCACUUUUCUGUUUGUGCUGUUCUUCCAGGGCCCCUUCUCUCUGCUUGAACAUGAAGAGCACCCGCAGCAGCUCCUCCUUCCAGGGCGCCGGUUCCAGCAGCGUGGAUCUGAGCCUGACGGGCCUUCCCGCGCCGCUUUUGCGGCGCCCCGGCAGCGCCUCUCCUGCCAAGCACAUGGCACGCUCCAUCUCGGUCACCGCUGACAGCAAACCCAAGAGGAACACUCUGGAAGAUGCGGGAUCCCGGGCUAUGAACAACCUCCGGAGGUCCAACAGCACCACCCAAGUGAACCAGCGGGUGAACAGCGCGUGCAGCUUAGAGCAGAGCGGAGACUUCCUGACCUUCUUUGAGAGCAGUUCUGGGGGCAGAAAGAAACCGACAAGUCUGAGCAAAACCUCCACAGAAAAGAAAACCACGUGGAAUGUCUUGGAUGACCAGCCGCGAGCAUUCCUGGGCCCCUCUGGCUCCCACGGCAUUGAGCCACCAGCAGGCAUGAGGAGGAAGGAAGCUGCUGUGCUUCUGGCUGCCAACUUCACUGCCAACAACAGGAGCAACAAGGGCGCGAUGGGCAACUGUGUCACCACCAUGGUGCACAACAACUACUCCAUGGCUGAGAAGGGCCCUGCACCCAAAAGCUCCAACCAGGCACCCAGUUCCCUCAACAACGUUGUCAAAGCAACCUCAAAUGAGGACAGUGAAAGCAGCAGCUUUGUGAAAUUGCAGAAGAAUUUCUCCAGCAACAACAUCAUGACCCACAACAACAACAGCAGCCUGACUCGGAGGAAGGAGGUGACCGAGGAGGAGGCAGAGAGGUUUAUCCAGCAGGUGAACCUGGCUGCUGUCACCAUCCAGCGCUGGUACCGACGCCACUCACAGCGGCGCAAGGUGGGAGCCGCGGCUCUGGAGCGCCUGCUGGCUUCCAAAAGGGAGGAAAGGCAGCAGCAGAUGGAGGAAGGGAAUAUCCUGGAUUUGCAGGAGAGGAAGGAUGAGGAACGCCGGAAGAUACGAGAGGAGAAGGCACGCCUGGCCCGACGUGCUGCCAUCCAGGAGCUGCAGCAGAAAAGGGCCCAAAAGGCUUUGGACGCAAAACGUUUGGCAGAAGAAGAGCUUAUGCUGGUGAAGGAGAGCAGGAGGGUAGCAAAGAAGAAGCCUGCCAAACCUUCUUCUGCAAGGAAUGUCAGUCCAGCCAGCAGUAUCACCAAAGCCAAUAACGCUGAGCUGCAUCGAAGGGACUGGUUGUUGCAAGUGCCUGAGAACGGUCUGGUUCCUGCAGAGGCCAAUUUCCACUCAGUAGCUGCAGAGCCAGAAGAAAGCGGUUUUGCAGACCUCGGCUCUGUGCCCUCGCAGGACGCUGGGACAGAGGACAAGCUGCAGGAUGUGAGCUCCAGAGAAAUGAGUGGUGAGGACCUGGAGACCGUGGUGACUGCUCAGUCCAAGGCCACACUCAGUGAGCUGCUGGACACGCUCAGGCUGUUGGAGGAAGAGCCGGAGCUACUGCCCCCACUGAAAACCUUCAGGAAGGACAGAUGUUCCUGGAUGGAUGGAGUAGGCAGAGGGCUGAGGCUGGUGACAUCCAUCCCAGGCAGAGAUGGCUGCCUGGAGCCCAGCUCCAAUUCCCUGACUGCUGAUAACUUGGAGAAGUUUGGGAAGCUGAACCACUCUCCGGGGGUCCCUGAGGAUGGGGCUCUGCUCUCAGAGGCUAAGCUCCAGAGCAUCAUCAGUUUCCUGGAUGAGAUGGAGAAGUCUGAACAGGAGAGGCCCCGGUCGGCUGCCUCGGCCACACAGCGGGAGGGUCUCCUCUCGGAAGAGGAGCUAGCUCACUUGGAGCAGGCGUCUGCUGUUGCCACGGAGGUCACAAGCUCCAUCAUGAGGCUUAAACUGGAAGUGGAGGAGAAGAAGCGAACCAUCAGCCUGCUGCAGACGGCCCUGGCUCAGCAGAGGGAACUGACUGUCCGGCACGUCAAACAGACUGAGGAGGAGCUUGGCCACCAGCUCAAGCUGCAGAGGGAACAGUAUGAGGCAGCUAUCCAGAGGCACCUGGCCUUCAUCGACCAGCUCAUUAAUGAUAAGAAGGUGCUGAGUGAGAAGUGUGAAGCUGUGGUAGCUGAGCUGAAACAAGUGGACCAGAAGUACGGCAAGAAAAUCAGCCAGAUGCAGGAGCAGCAUGAGCUGGUCUGGCGCACUUUGGGUCCCUUUUGUGAGGAGAUUAAGAAACUGAAGGAACUGAUGAGCGCAACAGAGAAAAUCCGGCGGGAGAAGUGGAUUGAUGAGAAAACCAAAAAGAUCAAAGAAAUCACUGUGAAAGGGCUGGAGUCGGAGAUCCAGAAGCUCAUCACCAAGCACAAGCAGGAUAUCAAGAAGCUGAAGAUGCUGCACGAGGCUGAGCUGCUGCAGUCGGACGAGCGGGCUGCUCAACGCUACAAACGACAGGCAGAGGAACUGCGGGGCAUGCUGGAGCGGGAGGAGGAACAGAGCCAGCGGGAGAGGGAGCUGGCCCAGCAGCGGUGUGAGCAGCAGCUGGAGCAGGAGGAACGGGCACUGCAGCAGCAGCGGCGCCGGCUUUAUGCCGAGGUAGCUGAGGAGAAGGAACGGCUCAGCCAGCAAGCAGCCAGGCAGAGAGCAGAGGUGGAGGAGCUGCGGCAGCAGCUGGAGGCGAGCAGCUUGGCCAUCACCAGGAUGCUGAAGGAGGAAUACGCAAAGGAGAAGGAGGAGCAGGAGAGGCGGCAUCAGGCAGAAGUGAAGGUGCUGAAGGACCAGCUGGAGCUCGAGAAGCAGACCUGGGAGGUGAACUACAUGAAGAAGGAGGAAGCCUGGCUGCUCUCCCGGGAGCGGGAGCUGCGGGAGGAGGUGAGGAAGGAGAGAGACAAAGAGAUCGAGUUGGUGAUUGAGCGCCUGGAAGCUGAUAUGUCCUCAGCCAAAGAGGAAUGUGAGAGGGCAGCGGAGAACAGGAUUAAGAGAAUCCGAGACAAGUACGAGGUAGAGCUCCAGGAGCUGGAGAAAUCUGAGCGGAAGCUGCAGGAGCGCUGCAAUGAGCUGAAGGGGCGGCUGGCAGAGCUGGAAGGGGAGAGCAUUCGUCUGCAGGGGCUGCUGAAGCACAAGGAGCAGGAGGUGGAGGAGCUCCAGAAGGCAAGGGACCAGCUGGUUGAAGAGCGGAACAGCCUGGCUGAAGUGAUCCGGCAGGAGUUCACUGACAGGCUGGUGGGGACAGAGAACGAGAACAAGCGGCUAAAGGCAGAGAUGGCGGAGAUGAGAGCCCGGCAGCGCCUGGAACUGGACAAGGUGGUACGGGAGAAGGACAAAGAGCUGGAGGAGGUUCACAGGAGGGUGAAGGCGGCUGUUGCAAGGAAGGAGGAGGGUGUGAACAGCCUUCGGAAGCAGUACGAGGCAGCCGUGCAGAAAGCUGACCACCUGGAAGCCCUCCUGGAGCAACAGCGAAAGCAGCUGCUGGCUGCCAAAUGACCACCCCUGCGUGCAGGGCUGGGCUCAGGCUCUCCCUCCCCUCUGCUGUUGUUUUUACACAGCCCGGUCCUGGUGCUGUGACUGUGAGCCCUGCCGGGGUGUUUGACAGCUUCAAGUGUUGGGUGAUUGUGUUUCAACA